UACUCUCUGUAAUUUUGGUUUUGUGGUUGCAAAAUGGGAGAAUUUUUGAAACUCCAAUUCACCCCCCCCUCUUGGAGUACAUUGAGUUAACAAUUGGUAUCAGAGUUUGGGCUCCAAUUUGAAGGUUUAAACACCUAGGAGUCGAUCGAGGAUGGCUCAAUUUCAAGCUUCCCAACCACUUGAAGGUUUGUCUACCACUAAGCCUCCUUUCUUUGAUGGUACUAAUUAUAAUUAUUGGAAGAAUAGGAUGAAGGUCUUCAUGCUUGCAAAUGUACCUAAGGCAUGGAUUGUGACUAUGAAAGAGAGGUGCCAAAGGAAGAAGUUGAAUGGAAUGAUGAAGCCUUUGGAAAAGAUCAUGAUCAACAACAAAGCAAUUAGCAUGCUUCAAUGUGCUCUCAAUCCAACGAAAUACAAUAGAGUCUCCAGGUGUGAUACGGCUAAGGAGAUGUGGGACAUGUUAAAGGUCACACAUGAAGGAACAAGCCAAGUGAAGGAGUCAAAAAUCAAUAGAAUCAUUGACAAGUAUGAGCUUUUCAAGAUAAAACCAGAAGAGAGCAUUCAAGACAUGUAUACAAGAUUGAAUGAUAUAGUCACCAAUCUCAAGGCUCUUGGUAAAGUAGUGGUGAGAAAGGUUUUUAAAAGCUUGCUCAAGAAUUGGGAAGCCAAGAAGACCACAAUUGAAGAGUCUAAGGAUCUCAACACUCUCAAGCUUGAAGAUCUCAUAGGAAAAUUGAUGACAUAUGAGAUAGAAGUUCAAGUUGAUGGUGGAGUUGAAGUAGUUGAAAAGAAGAAGAAGGAUGUUGCAUUCAAGGCUAGCAACCAAAAGGAAAAGAGCGAAGAUGAUGCUAGUGAUGGAGAAAACACCUCUGCCUUGAUCUCUAGAGAAGUGAGGAGAUUCAUGAAGAAGAACAUCAAGAGCAAACUUGCGAAAAGAAAUGAAGGAAAAUCUACCAAAAAGAGUGUGAAAUGCUAUAAGUGCAACAAGAUGGAGCACUAUAGAAAUGAAUGUCCCAAAUUGAAGAAGGGUGACAAGAAAGACAAGAAGAGCAUGAAGAAGAAAGCAUUUGUUGCCACUUGGAGUGAUGAUGAGACUAGCUCAAUGGAAAGUGAAAGCUGCUUGGAGAAAGGUGUUGCAAAUCUUUGUUUCAUGGCUCAAGAGGAUAGCAACAAUGAUGAGGAGGUGUGCCUUGUGAGCAAAAUGAAGAACAAAUGGUAUCUAGAUAAUGGAUGCUCAAAGCACAUGACGAGUGAUCCUUCACAAUUCUCAUCACUGAUGCCCUUGGAUGGUGGAAUCGUGACCUUUGGUGGCAAUGGGAAAGGAAUUGUGAAAGGAAUUGUGCUGUUUGUUGGCAAGAGACUUAAAAAUGUGUAUGUGAUUGAUUUGCAUGACAUUGAUGCUGAUAUUUGUCUUGCUUCUAUAUUUCAUGAUGAUAUUGGGUUGUGGCAUAGAAGAUUAGGAAAUGCUAGCAUGAGUGUUAUCUCUAAGUUAUUAAAGCAUGAUCUUGUUGAUGGCUUGCCUAAGGUGAAUGUGGAUAUUGAUAAUGUGUGUGAUGCAUGCAUGAAGGGUAAGCAAACUAGAGUUUCCUUUAAGGCUAAGAAACACAUCUCUACAAGUAGACCGCUUGAGUUACUUCAUAUGGAUUUGUUUGGACCUAUGUGCAUUCUAAGCAUUGGAGGGAAAUCAUAUGUGCUUGUUGUGGUUGAUGACUAUUCUAGAUUUACAUGGGUUGCUUUUCUUGCACAUAAGAAAUAUGCAGUUGAUGCUUUCAAAUGUUUUUAUAAAAAGCUUCAAAAUGAGAAAGGUUUAGCUAUUUUUUCUAUUAGAAGUGAUCAUGGGGGAGAAUUUGCAAAAAUGACUUUGAAGAUUUUUGCAUUGAACAUGGACUCUCUUGAAAAAUUUGAUUCUAAAAGUGAUGAAGGCAUAUUUGUUGGAUACUCUACUUCUAGUAAAACUUACCGUGUGUAUAAUAAACGUACUAAAGUUGCUGAGGAAUCUAUUCAUGUGGUAUUUGAUGAGACUAACCCUAUUUGUUUUAGAAAGUCUUGUGAUGAUGAUGAUGAUGAUGCAGAUGCCAUUGGAGAAAAAAUAAAAGAUAUAAAUCUCAAGGAUGACAACACUAAGGAAGCUCAAGAUGAGAAAAAUGAGGGGGACAAACAUGAAGAAGUGCAACAAACACAUGAGCUAAAAGAACCAACUUUCGCAAGAGAGAGAUCUUAUGUCAAAGGUAAUGAAAUUAUUGGGGAUCCAUCAAAAGAGGUAACUACUAGAUCUCAUGCUCAUAAUACUUGUGCUUUCGUUGCCUUUAUAUCUCAAAUUGAACCAAGUAAUCUUGAUGAUAAGUUUGAAGAUGUAAAUACAUCUAUAGUUAGAGCCAUAAUUGCCCUAAAUUGCACUGUAGGUCAAAUUAAUGUGGGGCUCCUUACACUAGAAAAUAGAGCAUUGCAGUGGAUUAUUAGUCGCAUUCUUGCUCAAAGAAAAGGUUCUAAAGUUAUUGUAUUUGGUGGUGAUCUCUUAUGGUUUGAUUAUCUUCUCAAAAGGAAAAGGUUGAACAUUAGAAGAUUCAUUUAUCGAAACCUAAUCAAGAAUUACUCAUCAAAUAUGGGCCUUCCUCAUGGUGCUCUGAUUACUAGAUUGGUGAAGAGGAACAAUAUUGAUCUUACACCUUAUAGACUUGGAAAGAUUCAAGGGGAUGAAGAAGAAGGUGAUGCAGAUCAAGAAAUGGUAGAGCAUGAGGAAGAAGAACAUGGAGGUGACAGCCCAAGACCCUUUCGAGCCUCCAUGCAAAGGACUAACCGCAAAACCAUGGAACUUAUGAUAAAUGAGAUGCGGCAAUUGCACAUCGACUUCUAUGGUUUCCGGACGGAGAUGAGAGGGAGGAUGGAUUCCAUGGAUGGAAAGCUUGAUCAGCUCAUUAACCAUUUUUUUCCUCCACCCCCACCUAGUGCCACCUAACUCCAUAUUUCUUUUGUUUGGCUAAUCUUUUGGAUGGACAUCUUAGGCUUAUGCAUUUUAAGUUUUUAAGCUUAUCACCAUGUUUUUCUUUGUCUAUGGACAUUUCUUGAACCUUUUAUCAUGUUUUGUGAAUGGUAAUAGCAUGACUUGUGCAUUUUAUCAGUAUUAAUGGUUGUCUAUGAUUGUGAUGAUUGUAUGCUCUUAUUGAGGGGGAGCAAUUUGUAAAU